UUUGUCCAGAAUCCCUAACAUUCCCCUUGCAUGGAGUAAACACCCCAAAGUUAGGCACUUUCUUUCAAGCAGCUUAUUCAGUUCUCACUCUUGAUGUGCCCUCCUUUCCUGAUGUCUUCUCUACCCUCAGAGGGCAGAGAGGUCUGUAUGAUGCUUGGAUCAACUUCUCUUUGCAGCUUUCCCUGAGGCAGACUCUUGGGGAAUCUGCAAACAGGCACCUUCUUGUCACACCUACCCAUGUGCGCCACUACAAACAUGGCCGUUGUGAUCCUACAUACUCACUCACCAUGCAUUCUAUCAACUUAGUAGGUGCCUUGGCAUCCUGUGCUGCCCCAGAUAACACAAUCCAAUACACCACUGACCUCCUACGUCUGUUCCAUGUUGCCUUUCUGGAGCAUAAGAGCCUCAUCAAAAACACCAAAAGUGGUCAAGGAGUUGGUCCCCAUGUAGCCGUCCUGCGUCACUCAUUGCCAUCUGACAAUCCACUGAAGAAGUACCUGGACCCCUUUGGAUGUCCAUCUGUGUACCUCACAGGUACAGAUCUGUUGGAGAAUGUGGAGUGUGGAGUAGGUAAUGUUUAUGCCCAGGAUCAGUUGGCUGUAACCUACCUUGGGAGGACAGACAAGGUUCGCAUUGUGCUUAAUGGGAAAGGGAGCUUUGCUCUGGUACUGGAGAAGCUUAAAGAAAGCCUGAUGAUAAACCUGAAGUUAGUGAUGCUUCUAGCUCUAAGAUACGCCAUUGCAUGCCAGAUGGGAGCCCUGGAGUGUCUACUGAAUCAAGGUCAAACAGAGAAAAUGAAUGGAGAAACAAACCAAUGUCAAGAGAGCCCAGACAAUGGCAAAACUACUGUUGACCACCCCUCUGGAAUGAGCACAGACCACACUCUGGUGAUCCAUGGUGGCGCUGGAGAGGAGGUGAUGCUGAACACUGAAGUGAUUGGAGUUAUUGAGUUUGCUCUACAGACAGCCUUAACUCUUGGAUCUCGAGUGCUUCAACAAGGUGGCAAGAGUCUAGAUGCAGUUCAGAAGUCAGUAGAAGCUCUGGAGGACUGCUUCCUGUUUAAUGCAGGUAAAGGCUCAGUAUUCAACAGAGAUGGCAAAAAUGAAUUGGAAGCAACCAUCGUGGAUGGCAAUGCAAUGAGGUCAGGAUCUGUUGCUUGUGUGCAAAGUGUGAAGAACCCAAUAAAAGCAGCCAGAUGUGUCAUGGAGAAAAGCUCACAUUCACUCAUUGUAGGAGACGGGGCUGAAGAGUUUCUGCAAGGGUUGGAGGAGAAGGAGAAGCCUGUUGGGCCUGAGUAUUUCCACACUGAUAUACGUCACAGACAGUUAGCAGCAAAGCUCACUGUUGGAAAUACCUCAACAAACAAUCACCCCCAGACAGUCGGAGCUGUGGCUUUGGAUCGUUGGAGUGGGUUGGCUGCUGCAUCCUCCACAGGUGGAUUAGUUGGAAAGCUGAAAGGGCGAGUUGGGGACACAGCAGUAGUAGGGGCAGGAAUAUAUGCUGAUGAUAAAGUAGCUAUUACCUGCUCUGGAGAUGGAGAUGUAUUUCUGAGGCACACAGUUGCACAGAAAAUAGCCAGUCUCUACCACCACAAAGGCUACAGCCUUAGGCAGGCAUGUAGAGAAGUGAUGGCUGAAAAUUUGGAUGGGAUCUGUGCAGGGGUCAUUGCUGUGGACAGUAAAGGUGAUGCCAUCGUUGAAACAAAUGCUGGUGUAAUGUUUGUGGCCUCAAUGAUAGGCGGCAUUUCACGAGUAGAGGUCCUCAAGCCCCUGAAGAGCUUCUCUGAUGUGAUCUGGGAAACAGAUGAGCUGGUUGCCUACCUGGAUCCCAAACCCUGGAUCCCUGGGUCAAUCAUCCUGACUAGAAAAGCUCUAAGCGGGGCAAGGAGCAUCUUCAAGUUGGCUACAACUGAUUUUGUGGCUAUGCUGCAAGGAGCAAGAGCAGUGUCAAGCUUGCUAUGUGAGCGACUGGGAGUGCAGCGCUGUGCUUUGGUUUUCCAUCCAACCCCUGAUCAGCCAGCACAAAUCAAACUGCUCCCACUUCAUGGCCUAGAGCCAAAGUGGCAGCCCCAUCUUUCACAUGAAGAGGAAUUCCAAACUUCCAAUCCUGGCUACUGCACCUCAAAGAGCGGCCCACGGUGGGAUGAUGAGGCACUGGCCCAGGUUCAAGCCAAGAUUAGAAAUGGACUGCCAACACCAAAUGCACCUUCUUGCUUUGACUUUUUUGGAGAUGCUUCCAAUGAUAACCUGUUCAGUCGUAUUGUACGUGGAGCAACAACAGUGGAGAGUGUGGGAAGACAGUGAGCAUGUCGCCUUCCUGACAC